AUGAGAAUCCACUCGUAUUCCGAACACUCUCUAAUGAAUAUUAAUGAUGUGAAGAGCAUUGCAUGGUGGCUGAUCGAUGUCUUGUCUUUCUGCAUCCAUCAUUCAGAGCACAGGUGUGUGGAGUCGGCCAAAAUCCGCAACAAGUACCCAGACAGAGUUCCUGUUAUUGUAGAGAAAGUUUCUGGUUCACAGAUUGUGGACAUUGACAAGCGAAAGUAUCUGGUCCCGUCUGACAUUACAGUGGCUCAGUUCAUGUGGAUCAUCAGAAAGCGGAUCCAGCUGCCUUCUGAAAAAGCCAUAUUCCUUUUUGUCGACAAAACUGUCCCUCAGUCCAGUCUGACUAUGGGGCAGCUCUACGAAAAAGAAAAAGACGAGGACGGCUUUUUGUACGUGGCCUACAGUGGAGAAAACACGUUUGGAUAUUAGGAUCCCUGCAUCAUCCCAUGCUGUGCAACACAUCACUCCCGUUUCUUUUGGACUGCGCAAUUGGGAACAAGAUCAACUCCUCUGUGAAUUAACCACAUAGCAGAUGUGUUUGUACCUCUAUUGUCACAUUGUGCUCUGAAACAUUAGAUCGACUGCAUUAGUGAUUUUUCUUCUUUUGGUGAAUGGUGUUGCAGUAUUAUUACAGACGCUUAAUAAUGUUGACACUGACAAUAUAUAGUAACUUUUAAUGUUUUAAUUUAUCUGUAUUUUUCCCCUGUAAAUUAUAUAUUUAAGAUAAUUGAAAGGUAAGGUAGCUGGAUGACCUAACCAAUAAAAACAAACACCAAAAA